AUGUCCGAAGAAUCACCCGCUCAACGAUCCGCCCGACUGCGGCGCGAGCGGCGAGAGGCCAAGAUCAAGGAAGGAGGGUCAGCACGCCUGGACAAGAUCACCAGUUUGAGCGGACGCACUCCGCAAUCUGAACGCGAAGAUGCCUCACCAUCCCCCCAACGCUCAAUCAGCGCAUCACCAUCUCCAGCACCCCCAAUGCCCCAAUUCCGCCCCUCGCCAUCCCCCCAGUCAGAAAUGCAAUCCCCAGAGGCCCAGCGCGCCCAACAAGAAGCCUUCCUCGCCAUGCUCCAACAAUCCGCCUCCGGCCAAGCCCAAGGCCAACAACCCGACAGCCAAGCCCAAGCCCUGCAAGCACAGCAAGACGCCUUCCGCGCAAUGCUGAGACAAUCGGCACCAGAACAAGGACAGAGCCAAGGCCUACAAUCUGACGACGCCGAAGACCCAGCCAUCAAACUUCUGAGCUCCCUCCUGGGCGCGAUGCCCGGUGGUGAUCCCAACGCCCCGCCCGGUGCUACACCCUCCGACGCAGGCGCGCCACCAGGCCCUGGAUCCUCGCUUGCCGCUAUGGCGACCAUGGCUGGCGUACCGCCCUUCCUGGCUAAUAUGCUUGGUGGAGCUCCUGCGCCGACUGAGGCGGAACAGAAGAGUACUCGGAUAUGGAAGACGUUGCAUACUGUCUUUGCAUUGGCUGUUUCCUUUUACUUGCUUUUCCUUAUUGGGACUUCGGUUUCACUGUUUGGCAGUCCCCCGCCGAAGCCUGCGACGGCUCAGAAUCCAUUUGCGAUUUUCGUUACGGGGGAAUUGCUCUUGACUGGGGGAAAGGUGUUGUUUGGUGGGAAAUCGGGUGGGAUGGGGAUGGCUGUGCAGCUUUCUAAGGAUGUUAUUCGUGAUGGGAAAUUGCUGCUGUUUGUUUUGGGGCUUGCGUCUUGGUAUCAUCCUGAAUGGCAGGCUUCAGCAUCGGCAUAG